CACAAUCCAUCCAAUCAACCAACCAUGUCCACCCAAAACGACCGAGCCAUCUACUUCCGCAGCCUGCACAGGCCCGGCAACCCGAUCGUGCUCAGCAACAUCUACGACGGCGCCACAGCAUCGUACAUCGCCGCGCACGCCUCCACCAAAGCCAUCGCGACCGCCAGCUAUGCCAUCGCGGCCUCACAAGGCGUCGCAGACGAGUCCUUAACUCUCUCGCAAAACCUCGCCUCAGUCCGCACCAUCGCCUCCGUCGUGGCCGCUACGUCUCCGCAGCUGCCGCUCACCGUCGACGCACAAGACGGCUACGAGGACGUCGCGCAGACCGUGCGGGAAAUCAUCGCCCUCGGCGCCGUGGGCUGCAACAUUGAAGACUUCGAUAACCGCGCGGGCACGCUGCGAUCGCUCCCCGACGCUGUGGCCCGCAUCCGCACGGCGGUCCAGGCUGCCAAAGACGCCGGGGUGCCUGAUUUCGUGAUCAAUGCCCGAACGGAUAUUCUGGGUCCGGCUGGGACCGGGGUCAUUGCGGAUGCGAUCCAGCGCGGCCAGGCAUUCCUCGAGGCGGGCGCUUGCACGGUCUUUGUGUGGGGAGGACCUGGCGGGCGGGGAGUCUCUGGCGCCGAGGUUAGGGAAUUGGUUGCGGCGCUGGGGGGCCGCGUGAAUGUCAAAUUGAACUUGGCAGAGGGGUCCUUGACGGUUGCUGAGUUGAAGCAGAUCGGAGUUGCGAGAAUUAGCCUGGGACCGGAGCUGUGGAGGGCGGCAAUGGGGGCGUUUAGAGAGACGGCGGAUCGGUUGUUGGCGGGGGUUUCGUAUGAUUGAUUAUUGUAUCAGACCUUUAGGGGUGGUGGUUUCAUAUUCCUGUAGUUGUGAAAGGAUCCGAAUAAUUAUAUUCAUUUAAUAUUGCCACGGGUCUUUAAAGCACCGGAGAUGCUUAGUACCGGUCAUCCUGAC